AUGAGUUCGACGGAGGAUAUGGCAAGGGACCUUGCUGCGCGGACUGCCCACCCCCCGGACCCUCUGUAUGCGCAAAUGCCUGAUCCAUCCGAUUCCCCAGUGGGUUGGGAUUCGUCGUCCCGAUCAGAGAGUGCGAAUGGAUGCCUCCUUGGGAGGCGCCUUCACCCUCAGGUGGCCAAAAGGCAUCACGAGCUGCAACACGCGAGACAGGUAGCUGUCGAGGAACUCCAUAAAAUCUUUGGGCAUGUGCCGGCGGGUGCGAUGGAACUGAAGUGCGACUGUGGUGUGUAUGUUGGGGGAAACGGUAACGCAGUCCUUGAGGCAGGGGAGAAGAUUUUUUCGGCUUCAACGUGCGUAAAUCUGCUCGAAGAACAGCCUUUGAUGCUGAAGCACCAGAAGGUGACCGAUCGUGGUCCUUCGUUCCUUGCUGCAUUGUGUGCCCACGUGGACUGUAGUCAGCAGUUGGGUGACCCCAAAAUUCAUCCUGAGGCGUUGGGACAAUUGGAUGAAAGGCUCGUGGAAAAGGUUGUGUUGAGUGGAGCGUUGGGAGGUUCAGUGAAGAAGACGAGGUUUCUGGGAGGGUUGGCUGGUGAGGGGGCAGCAGAGCCUGGUUGGAAUGCGAUGGCAGCACCAUUACACCAGCUGUUUGGGCGGGCGGUUGCGCAGCAAGAGGUUGGCGGAUGGAACUGGGCCCAGGAAUGA